UCUCACUAUCCAAGGAGAGAUUUGGAGAACUUGCGUGCACUCCCAGUUGAUCUUUCCUUCCGCGCUCCCUAAGCAGGUGUUGCACAAUGAUGCGACCGAAAGAUCUACGUCAAGGUUCCGGCACCAAGACCUUCCUCGACGCCAUGCACGGUGGAAAAGUUCACCUCGCGCGCUUCAUAUUGGACGCCCUGGACGGACGAAUUAUCAACUCAAAGACAGAAAACAGCCGCACCCCUCUAAUUUAUGCCGUGUGCCUACAAGAAGCCGGAACUCGAGCCAAAUUCACCCGGCUCCUACUGGAGAAGGGGGCCGAUGUCAACUGCCAGGACGAAGACGGUCGCACAGCUCUGAGUCACGCCUGUGAGUUAGGUCACUUGGACGUGGUAAAGAUUCUCGUGCAGUUCAAUGCUGAUCCAGACAUCUCUGAUGUGUGGGGAAAUAGUGCCCUAAUGUAUGCUGCCUUUUCCGGGCACAGCCAAGUGCUUGAAUUUCUUGUCAGGGCUUUCAAAAGACUCGGAAUGAGACUGGAUAGAAUAAAUAAUGCCGGACACACGGCCAUCGAGGUGGCCGACUUCUUUGGACACAACCAAUGUGUGCAGAUUCUUAACUUUCAGUACAGACGGAGUGUGGGCGCUGAGGAUUCGCUUCCUGAUCCAGGAAGUGUUGGAGAUGGAGAGCUGCCCAACAGACUCCCCAGGCAUGUCCUGGAAAGGUUCUCCAGCAGGAAAGAAGACCAACUACCGGGACUAUUUCAGAGGCAGGUAAAGACCGGAGAUGGCAACGGACUGUGGAACCGAUUCACAUGUCCUAGGAACCAGAGUCUUGAACAGAACAAUCGCAACAAGUGGUCUCUGCCACCUCAAAAAAGCCAAACUGAAGGGGAUCAGAGUGUUUUCUUCACAACCAAACAACUCCAAAACUGCCAGCUCGGCGAUCUGAGAGGGACGAGAAUGCUCACCUCGCCAUCUGAGACAAACCCGAAAGAUGUCAAAGAAGAAAGUGGAACCCAAGAGCAAACCCGACAAAGGUUUCCUCCCUGCGGGAAAUCAAAGUCUUUCAACCAGGAGCUUUUGAGCAUCAGAAAGCAGUCCUACCAGGGUGAAGUGCACGAUUUGACCUUGUCGGCCAGCAAGUGCAAGAGAGCCUCUCUACAGGAUGACCGAUGUCUCCUGGAGUGCCAAGGGAACUCCCGGGUCCUGUCAAAUGAUGGUGAAAAAACAGUCUCACCUCCAAAAGCUCCUGCAGGCAUCAAGUGUCUCGAGGAGAGGUCAAAGGCAGACGAGCUGCAGAAGAGAGGAAGUUUUGCCCAUGGCGGUAGACACAACAAAAUACUCUUCAGCCGAGGGGAGACAGAGGCGGGGAAGAUGCCCAGCCGUGCCCCGGGCUUCGUGGGCCUCGGAACGAGGCUGUUCCGUCGAUUCACUGCACCUGAGUUCAUGAGGAUGGUCAAAGACUGUUCCUCAAGCUCCGCAAACGGAAGAGGACGGAUGUCACGCUCUGAGACAUUCCCUCUGUCCCACACACACCAGCAGGUCAACAGUCAGCCAAGCGUGGACAGCAUCAGCGGAGUGAAAUGUGAGUUUGAAAGCUCCUCGUCUCAGCCAACCCUUGAUUAAGAGGACAGAAAGCAGUUCAAAUGUAGAAGUGACCAUUCGUAACACAUUUACACUUGCAAUGCUGCGUGUUUUUUUUUUUUGCUGAUGAAUUCUGUAUGCGACAAGUGUAAUGCUUACAUCCUGAUUACUUGUUUUAUUUUAGGUACUUGGUUUAUAAAGUAUGUACAAUCACCAGCUAUCUUUAUAGGUUAACCUGAACAAGCUAAAAUUAGAUGAAGAGAAAAUUGUAUAAUGUCAUGCCAAGGAUGAAAGUAAUGUUCAAAGUGAUUGAGAGUAUCAGGGAAUUUGUUUUUUCUUUUUUUACCUUGAUUGAUUACAAAAGUAAUAAAUAUGGAACAUUUUACAUAGAAAGCAUUGCAGCUCAAUGCUAGUUUUGUACAUGAAUACUUCAGUUAGAAUUUGUAAGUACAGUGGAAUUUGGUAGUCAUUCGAUAUGUAUAUUUAAAAAGAAAAAAAGUGUUUUUUUUUUCUUUUUGGCAACACAAAGCCAUUGAACAAAGCCAUAUAUUUAUUUUUUCUCUACAUUUUAAGAAGAAAAAAAGUUUUUUGUUUUUUUUUCGUUUUGGCAAAACAAAGCCAUUAAAACUGUUAGCGGCACCUUAUCACCACUUAAUUUAAGAAUUUUGUGGAUCAGGAAAAAACAGACACAUUUUUCAAUGUUUUUAAUGCCUGCCAAUUAUUUGCGGAUAUUCAAUAUUCAGCGAAUAGUCCACUGUACACCUAAUGUUCUGAACAGUGAUUGUAUACUUAAAGGAGAUUAGGAAUUUUCACUGUAUCAUGAGGACACAAGUACAAUGAUUACUUAUACUGUAUUGUAAAGAAAAACGAUUUGAUAUUGCUUCUGUAUUUUUAAGAUCUGGAUUUUUGCCUAAUUGUAUUCAGUGACAGUGUGCUGUAUGAUUCACGCUGAAUAAACACCAGCCCGUUCAACA